AUGUUGGGCACUGUCGUCCAUUCCUUCUCUAUUGUGGCUGUUGUCAUCCUAUGCUUGUUCGCUUCUAUCCCCCCUGUGCUGGCUCAUGGCUUUGUCCACACCGUUACGAUUGGUGGUCAAGAAUAUCCUGGAUGGAAUCCCUUUAGUGAUCCAUAUCUCACCCCGCCGCCAUCUAGGGUAAUCCGCAGGGUUCAGAGUGACGGUUUCGUCUCCAUCGACGACCCUGAUCUACCGUGUCACCAUGACGGGAAUACAGGGAACGACACUGCAGUCAUCGAGGUAAACGCGGGAUCCACGGUGGCUUUCCAAUGGGGAUAUUGGCCGUCAGAUCACCAGGGUCCUGUAUCUACGUACAUGACAUUUUGUAAUGGCGAUUGUAGGUCAUUUUCGGUGACUGGCGCCAAGUGGUUCAAAUUGGACGCCGGUGGUUAUGAUACGGAAACCAAAUUGUGGGCAUCAGACAAGCUUAGAAUGGACAAUAAUUCGUGGAAGUCGACUAUCCCGGCGUCUCUGUCUCCCGGCCAAUAUCUCAUACGAAAUGAAAUCAUCGCCCUACAUUCUAUCACUCCCCAGAAUUAUCCCAGCUGUGGGCAAUUGAACGUCAAGGGAAGUGGUAAAGGUUUCCCGUCUGACAGGGAUCUGGUUUCUAUUCCAGGGCUCUACGACAAUGUCGCAUUUCCAAACAUAUACAGUGAUUUUGGAUCGUUUACUAUCCCCGGUCCACCACCGGUUUCCCUCGAUAACUCAAAUCCACCUUUUACCGUUACCAGUACACCAUCACCAACGGUGGUGCAUGCUGGGACCACAACACCUUCUGGUGGUGACAGGCCCCUGAAUCAUGACGCAAGAGUUGGGCAUUGUCGUCUUACUUCUCGAAGGAGGACUCGAUAG